AUGACUUCAUUAGCUGUUUUACCUCCUUUAAAGAGAUCAAUCACAGAUAUAAUGGAUGAAGAACUUUAUCAUAUACCAAACAGUCCCAUCCAGUUCAAUACUAAUCUUAAUCUCAACGCCACCCAUUUGAAUUUAAUGACUAAUCAAUCUCAACCUUCAUCACAACAAUUUUAUAACUCUAUGAAUAUGAAUAUGACCAAUACUGCUACCAAUACUAAUCCAUCUGCUAACUAUCAACAACAGCAACAACAACAACAACAAUAUCAACAGUUUCAACAUUCACUGGCUUCAUCCCCUCUUUUCCAUCACGCUUCUUUAUUUGCUCAAAAUAAUUCAAGUAAUACUUCAUUAAAUAUACCUGAAUUAAUCUUGGAUAAUUUAUCAAAACAUAAUAGUAAUACAUCAACUAAUGCUACUUCAACUACAACCACUACCAGUCCUUCCAACCAUUCUACUAUAAAUCCAUCCUUUAUCGAUGCCAAUCAUUAUAAUGAAUAUACCACGGAUAAAAAGGAUUUAUUAGUUAAUCCAUUCGCGGCUUAUGGUAAUCCUGAUUCAUUUAUAAAAUCUCGUCAAAUGUCUCCUCCUCCUCAACCUCACGUUCAACAAAUUCAUCAAGUUCCACCUCAAAUGUAUGCUCCUAUUGCUUUACCUCAAGGAUUCCCUCAAAGACCCGUUGGUAGAAGAACUAGAAUUGUCGAUGAAAAAGAUGAUGAUUCAAAUAAUACCCAUAAUAAUGAUAAUACUAGAGAAAGACCAAUCAGACAUAAAAAGAAACCAACUGAUGAAUUCUUAUAUAAUACUGAUAUAAGUCCUUCUCAUUUAAUUUCUAUUAAUCAAAAUGAUGAUUAUUUAUUUAUUAUAAAUCAAAAUGAUGAUUUAAUGGAUAUUGAACCAACCACUACAAAUUUCACCAAUGAUAAUUCUAAUAAUUCCAUUAUACCCGGAUUUGAAAAUGAUUAUUUAUUAUAUGAUGAUGUGAUUUAUAAUAAUCAAAAUAAUAUUAUUGAUGAAGAUAUUGAAGCUGAAUUAUCUGAUGAUGAAGAAGAUGAUGAUGAAAAUGAUUAUUAUCAUGUUGAUGAUGCCUUUGAUGAUAUGAUGAUGUCAAUGUAUAAUGAUGAACAAAUGUCACAACAACCUCAACAACAGCAACAAGUUCAAAAAUCCCAAAUUAAUGAAUCUGCAGUGCAGAUUUCUCAAGUUCCAGUUUCACAAGAACAAAUUCAACACAUACCAACUCAACAACAUCAACAACAUCAACAAGUUCAAUCCAAUGGAGAUACAUUCAGCCCUAUAGAAAUGGAUAAUCUCCCAAGUUUAAUCCCCGAUGAUGAAGAAGAGGAAGAUGAAGAAGAAGAUGAAGAUGAAGAUGAAGAAGAAAUGGAUGAUGAAGAUAUGGAAAUUGAAGAUUAUAAAUCAAAUACCAAGUCUAAAAUGUCAUCAUCAGGUAAAUCAUCUCAUUCUCAUAAUUCCAUUACAGCAGCUGAAAUCAGUGCUAAUAAUCCAAAUCAUCAAUGUGAUUUAAUCAAUCCUUCCACAGGUGUAUCAUGUAAUAAACAAUUCUCAAGACCAUAUGAUUUAAUCCGUCAUCAAGAAACUAUCCAUGCUUCUAAAAAGAAGAUUUUUAGAUGUGUGAUUUGUGAAGGGAGAUUAAAUGGUGGUUUAGGUAAUGGUAAAGAUAAAACUUUUUCAAGAGGGGAUGCUUUAUCAAGACAUAUUAAAGUCAAACAUGGAUUAGUUGGUAAAGAAGCUUUAGAUAUUAUAAAUGAAGCUAAAGAAAAUGUCGAAUACGUAUCUGUUUAG